AUGGAUUAUUUUAAAAGAACAUUUCCUGGUGCAACCACUAUCAUUUUUCAAGACAACGAGCUUAAUCAGUAUAUCAGCAUACCAAGCGAUGAAAGUGGUCAUUUUAGAUUUGAUUGGGAUCCUACUGUAGUAUAUGAAUUAGUAUAUCGUGAUGGAUCUUCAAAUCGUUCGGUUUCGCCUGCAUCGAAUACAUCGAGAAUUUGGAACUGGUUAACAAUAGCAGGAAGUAAGCUUAAAUGUCAUUUUUGCUUAUCACAAGAAAGUUGA